AUGCACGUCUUUGUUACUGGUGCCACCGGCUUUGUCGGCCAAGCUGUCGUACAAGAGCUCCUUGAUGCUGGCCAUACCGUCACCGGCCUUGCUCGCUCGGAUGCUUCAGCUAAAGCUCUACAGAAUAAAGGUGUUGACGUUGUUCGCGGUUCUCUUGAAGAUAUCGAUUGCCUAAAGAGCGCAGCAUCCAAGUCAGACGGUGUCAUUCACCUCGCUUUCAAUCAUGAUUUCACCAAUUUUGCCGCAAACUCGCUGGCUGAGCGUACGGCCAUUUUCGCCAUGAUUGAUGCCCUGGCAGGAUCCAACAAGCCUCUGGUUUUCACCUCGGGCACCAUGACUCUAGAGAAGGGCGAGGUGGGUACUGAGGAUAAAGGUGCAGCGACCAACACGCCAUUUAGUGCUCGCAGUGAUACAGAGCAAGGGGCGCUCAAUCUUUCAUCGAAGGGAGUGCGAGUAUCUUGCGUUCGCCUGUCUCCCACAACCCAUGGCGAAGGAGACAAGGGCUUCGUCUGGCUGAUUGCCGAGUUCGCACGCGCGAACGGUCAAUCGGUUUAUGUUGGCGACGGGCUCAACCGAUGGCCUGCUGUUCAUCGCCGCGAUGCAGCCCACCUGUUCCGUCUAGCCCUUGAGAAAGGAGUUGCGGGCAGAAGGUAUCAUGCUGUUGCCGAAGAGGGUGUUUUGAUGAAGGAUAUUGCUGGAGCCAUUGGCAAAGCCACAGGCCUUCCGACAGUUUCCCAGAAUUUUGAGGCUGCUUCAAAGCAUUUUGCUGGUUUUCUGGUACAUCCUGUCAUGGCUGAUAAUCCUGCUUCAAGCAGGCAGACGCAAGAGCAGCUAGGAUGGUCAGCUUCUGAGCGCACUAUACUUGCAGAUAUUGAAGCGGGUGUUUAUAAUUGA